CGGAGCUAUAAAAACUCAGAGAGAGUAAGUGAAUCGCGUCGCGCUUUCAGGUGUUGAAAUUCUUAUUUGAAUUUUGUUAAUUAAUCUAAUAAGAACGUAAUAUUAAUGAAUAAAAGUGUAUUAUUAUUAACUUGUAUACGAUAAAGGUGUGAUUUCGGUUCGAAGUAGCGACUAACUUCAACUAAACAUACAGCAACUGAUAUUGGCCUAUUUAAGCCGCAUUCACGAAUUGGAACAAACGCUGUUGCACGACAGAGCAAUUCUCAAUCGCAGCAGUGAAGAAAGCAAAUCACGACAAACGAAAAUAAACACUUAAAUAAACAUAAACAUUUUUUAUGUUUUUUAAAUUAAAUAGUGCAGAAAAAGACAAUUUACUUGGAGCAGCAGGUUUCUUAUAUGUAAACGCUAGAAUUUUCAGUUUAUAUUGAACUUUUUGGUGUUUUGACUGGCUGUUGUCGUAGCAAGAAGUCGGCUUAUACGUACUAUAAGUUGGCUGUAGAAUUGAAGUGAAGCGUGUAUGGAAUUUGUGAAAAGAGAAAGUUGGCUAUAACAUUGUUACAGCGCUCCAAUAAGGAAGUACACGUAAUCCAGCAAAUCAAGUGAUAUAUCGCUAUGUUAAAAGAGAACGCAACGGAGUCUCACUCCACCUCCGCAAUUGCGAAUGGGAAAUCAUUGGCUAACGGUAAACCUGUUGCUAAUGGUAAAACUGCACAAUCGGAAGCAAAUACUAUGCCACAGCAAAAAUCCGUUAUAAUCGCCUAUAUACUUUGGCUUUUUGGUGGCAUAUUCGGGCUACAUCACCUCUAUUUGCAUCGCGAUCGACAUGCCUUCAUCUGGUGGUGCACUUUGGGCGGUUAUUUCGGUGUCGGUUGGUUGGCUGAAAUUGUCUUAAUACCGGAAUAUGUGCGUGAUGCUAAUGAGGAUCCAGCAUUUAUUAAAUCAUUUGUGGCAAAAUUGCAAGCAAAUCGACGACCACCCUACUCGGCUAAGCGUUUCUUGGGUGAAGUUAUGAUUGGCUAUCUCUUUGGACAAGUGCUACUCAUGGCCAUACCGGAAACCAUAUUCGCUGGCAUAGAUUGGGGUUUCCUGCAUUGGCUUAUACCGGUAUUUAUUUCGUUGGGCGUAUGGACUGUGGGCAAUAUCGGACGCGAACGUGGUGUUUGGUGGCAUUGUUUAAUCGGUGCGGUAGUCAUAUAUCCCACGCGCUAUCUGAUUUAUGACGAGACAUAUUCUCUGCUGCUGACCGCGCUGGUUUCUGCGCUAGUUUUCGACACUUAUUCCAAACAAUGGUUGCGUACACCACCAAAACGGCAUGGCGUUGGCGCAAGAUCAGUCAAAUUGACAGCUGCAUUAGUGCUUUAUUUCUCGUUAUGGGGAUGCUUCCUCUACUUCAAUGGCACCAUUACGGAUGAGGAAGGUGGUGAAGUGCCUGUACAUGAAGCUUUGCGUAAUUUCCUUACUUCAGCUUGGUGGACAGAUUUCACACAAGCUCUUACGGAUACAUAUCAAUAUGCGCAACAUCAUGGCUGGUAUGAGACAUGGAAGGAGAUUUUCGAAAGUAUGGACGUGGAUGGUGAGCGCAAUUCCUACAAGGUGUUGGGUGUGAGUGCAACCGCCUCACAAGCUGAAAUUACAUCAGCAUACCGGCGUCUAUCCAAGGAAUUCCAUCCGGACAAGGUCAAAGAUGAGAAAUUGAAGGCGGCUGCAAAUCAACAAUUUAUUGAAAUUCAACAGGCCUAUAAUGUGCUGAGUAAAAUCAAGUCAAGCCGUCGUCGUAAGAACAAAAAGUCCAUCGAUGAUGAACCGAUCGUGUUAUAAGGAACAAAUAAAAAAAUUUGGAAACUCUUGUUAGCGUCCUUUAAAUAUAUAUAUAUAUACAUAUCGUUUAUGUAUAAUUAAGUAUGUAUUUAGUGUAGUCAUCGUCAUAAAUUAUUUAAUUUAUUUUAUUUAUUAUCUGCAAAGCCCAGUUUAAAAAAAUAAAAAGCACAGCGGUGCAUUCGAAAUAUUUAUUAAAUAAAAAACAACAUUUAAGCUUUUAAUAUUAUUUAUUUAUGCUCUUAUUAGAAAUAAGUAU